CUAAUUUUCUUUUGGGACGUCUUUUUGCUUAUCUUGCCGGAGAACAGGAUUCAACAUUUCAAAUCAUAACGGAUGUAAAGAAAGUUUCAGCGGAAAAAGCAAAUCACCGAGUUACAAUAUUACAAAGACGAAAAUUCGUCUCUACAAUUUGAGGCUGAUUGAAAGUACUUGAAAAUAGCCGAGAGAUACAACGGAAAUCUACGUUUAAAUAAACAGUGGUUUUGUUUACAUAAAAAGCUUUUUAAAGAUCAAGAGAUGUAUACGCCAUCAAGAUUUGAAUAUGUUCGUUUUGUUCCUAUAACAAGUGCUGAGAAAAUGGCGAAGAAAGAAAACUAUCGACACGAGAAAAAAUUGGAAAACGAAUUGAAAUAUCUCGAGAACGAAGAAAGGUACACGAAAAGCGUGCUACAGAAAAGCAAUGUUUCGAUUAAAACAGCCAUAGAUAAGUUCUACUUUGACGCACAGAAAUGUUUGACGUAUAAAAAAUCCGACAUGGAUGGAGAAUACUAUGUUCAACUAAAUCGAGCGAAAACGAAGUCGUUAGAUAGGACUGAUAAACGUUAUCUUCGCCCAACCAUGAUGAGUAACUCGAGCGAUAAUCGUCUGUUCCACAUGGAUCGAAUCACUGCUGCCAACUUGCGUCAGAACAGUCAUCGUCGAUUGACACGCUCCAGUAGUGACUCUGUCACACAACUUAUUCCCAGUAAAUUGGAUUACACAACGAAGGGGAAAAGUUUUGAACAAGACCAAGGUAGAAAUGUUCGAUGCACACCACUAUCCAAAUCCAGCUCUGAAGUAUCUAUACCUGAACUCUGUACCGAAGCACUGCCUAGGGGAGUUUCAAGAGAAGACACAUUUCCUUUAAAAGAAACUUCUUCUCUACAGAAACUUCCAAGAGUUUCAACUCCAUUUGUUUCGCCAGAUAAAAAUGUUAAAAUACCGUUGACAAGAUCUUCCAGAAUUAUAUCCAGAAAUCAAGCCCGUGGGUUGUCACAAAGUAAAUCAGACGAGCAGCCCGAUAGUGUAAACAUUCACCAAACAAUUGCAAGGUCAGCAUCUUUACCAGUUAAGACGACAUGUUUUUUAGAAUCAGAAGAAGACUUGCUAAAGACAGAAAACGCACCUUUUAAGUUACCUCUCAGAUACCACCAAAAUGCUACCACAUUAUACGAAUGGCCAAACUUUAAAAAAAAAUCUGAUAUAGCUAUACAAGAAGAAGGCAUAGAAAAUGUUAUGAGAGUGCGUCCGCGGAAUUGUUAUAGUGAAACAGAACUUUUAGGAAAGAAAUAUGGUCUCGAAGAGAGACAUUCUAGUAGAAUUUUACGACAAACAAAAUCAAGCAAUAUAUGAAAAAUGUCGUUAGAGGAUAUAACAGGUGCUUAAAUAUGCUUUGUUUGUUAUGGUUGGUUUUACUUUCUUGCUAGACAAAGAUUAUAUGUAUACACGUUUUUUUUUUUUUGUAAGCAACUUGAUUUUCAUUUGAGUUUCUAAAAAAUACGCCUUUAAAAGAUAGAAAAAUGUUACUUAGCAGAAAGCAGAACAAUUUUGAAGAUAAAUAAAAUUCCUGCAAACAUUUCAGUACCAAUGU